CGCUGGAACUCCAGUCAGUCAGUCAGCAGCUGCGCGCGGUGUCAGUCAGCACACUGCCCAAGAGAUACGGACUGAUCUGCAGAAAGAGAGGGAAAGUUUAGUUUAGACAGAUCAGUCUUUUAGCUCAGACAACAGUAUGGAAUCAGUAGUUUUUCGUUUUGUUUAAAUAUACGUUUGGAAAAGCAGCGAAGAGAAGGACUUUACGCACGCGCCUCUGGAUAACUGCAGCGUCUCUCUGCGUAGUGAUGGAGGUUUGGGGCUUGAGGAAUUUUGCGCUUUGGAUUUCAUUUCUGACGGGCUUCACGAUGGCUAAUUACUCCGAAGACCAGUGUAGCUGGAGGGGAAGUGGUCUCUCUCAGGCGGUGAAGAACGUGGAGCAGGUUUGGUUAAGGUGUGCGGAGGGCUCGGUAGAGUGGCUGUACCCCGCUGGAGCGCUGCGUCUCACCCUGUCGCCCCGACUGCCGUGGAGCGCCAUGGUUCCAGGCGAGUCCAGCAGGAGCCCGGUGUCGGCCUGCAUCAAGCCGGAUCAGCACUGGGGUGGAGCUCAGCUCUACCUGGAGCGAGAUGGGGUCCUGGAGCUUCUGGUGGGAGACGAGACAUCCGAGACGCCCGGCCCAGCCCAUGUGCGCUGCUUCAGUGCCAUGCCCGGAGAACGAACAGCCCUCUUCCUGCAAGCAACACCACAUCAAGACAUCAGCAGACGCAUCGCAGCGUUUCGCUACGAGCUGAGAGGGGAUUGGAUGGUGCAGCCGUCAGUCAACACGGAUCCAAUUGGCAGUGAAGGAGCCUGCAGGCCGUGCAAUAACACCGAGAUUCUGAUGGCUGUGUGCACUAGUGACUUUGUGGUCCGAGGAAACAUCCGUUCAGUGGAGACGGACUCAAAUUUGAAAGCGGCAGUGAUCAAAGUGAGUGCUACGCGAGUUUACCGGCAAAAGUUUGCGUUGUUCCCUGAUUCCGGGCGUCUGACGCGGUCAGGGGAGAUUCGUACACCUCUGCAGUGCGGCGUUCGGCCCGGCGCUGGGAGCUUCCUGUUUACCGGGCGUGUGCACUUUGGGGAGGCGUGGCUCGGCUGUGCUCCACGUUAUAAAGACUUCCUGAAGGCAUACGAGCAGGCCAAACAAUCCCUAAUGAUCCCCUGCACUCUGGUGAACGACUGAUGGAAGAAGCAUGAUCACGUCCGGGCGAAACUUGACGGACCCUUGAUUCUGAUUCGCAGGGUCGCAGGGGAAAUCUCCUGAAUAAAAGAGAGAAAAAAGUUUGGGAGAACAGAUGAAAAGACACUGAGACACAGAAACAACCAAGGAGGAAUUCUCAGUGAAGAUCACCGGAUCAAGAUGGAUGUCUGAAUAAGGACAUUUGGGGUUUUUGUGUGUCUAAUUCCACCGGUUUAACCCUGAAUAAGGGCUCUUAAACAGGGCCUCUUUUUUAAACUCAGGAAAUUGUGUCUUUGGACACUUUGAUAUGAACAUCAUAUCACUGAAAUAUCCAAAGUCCUCAUGAUGUUUGGGGCAAACUCUGUUCCCACCUUGUGGGUUGAGUUGGUAAAUAAGCUGUACGCAAUGCAUGUAGCGCAGUCGUCUUUCGCAGUAUUUGAUGCCACCGAAAAACCCUAUUGAUUUGUCAUCCUUUAUAUGAAUUAUGAAAAAGUUUUUAAAGAUUUUAAACACUCUGUUUUUGUAUUGAGAGUAUAUAUUUUUUCCACAUAGGAUUUUUAAAAUUAUAAAAAAAGCGUCUAUUUUCUAAAUUUGCACUGGUGAAAGGAAGGGAAAUGGCGAUACCUGGAUGCUGCAAGCACUGAGAACCAAAACGCAUCUAUAUGUAGCAUAGCAAAAGAUGUUUUAUAUAAAUAUAUUUCUAUAAUAUGAAAUCAGCUAUGGUUUAUAUGCUAACAGGCUGAGAAUAGCAUGCAGCUAACAUGAAGUAAUGAAAACAGAUACAAUAGCAAUAGUCUAUUAAUUAUUCUAUGUCUACAGAUAGCAUGUGCUGAUUACCUCAUGGUUAACGUCACCACUAGUUUGCUUUGAUGUUGCUAACGUUAUCAAGCUGAUAGCAUUUACCUUUCAGGUUGUGCUAGCUUGAGAUAUACUGAGAAGCACAAAAAUAAACAAAGGUGCAUUCACACCGACAACGAUUUGCAACCGAAUGUCAUUAAUUUUAGCAUUUUGAGGUGGCGACUUUUGCAGACUGUUUGCAUUUGGAUAAAGUUGAGCAGUUUAACUUUAUGCAAAUGAGCAGUGGCGCAAUGACCAAUGGGAGUGAAGGUCAUGUGAUACUGUAUUCUAAUUGGAACAACCUCUCACGAUUAAACUGUAGUCAGUGUGAACGCACAUUAACAGGGUAUGCUCACAAAUCUGGAUUUUAUUUGUAGUUCAAAUAUAUGUACUUAUGAUAUAAUCUAUAAAGAUAAUUUAACUUUAAAGCUAAAUGUCUGAAAUAACACUGCCUGUCUUGCUCUCAAACUCUCUGUAAAGCUUAAAUUGUGGACUUGUGUACCAAAACAUUGACUGCUGGUCUCAGGCUGGACUGCAAGCACUGUCCUGUGUCUCAUUCUGGUUAUCUGCUAUUGCUUUUGUCUUUAUUUUGUGCUUCAUAUCCAUUCACUGUCAGCGAUGUAUGUGCACUAAACAAAAGAAUGGAUAAACCAAACGUGGAGAGCGAACCGACAUGCGAAGCUGCCAUAUUUUAUGCUGCCUGUGUUUGUUGUUAGUGUGUCUUUAAAACCAAUGUGACUGCUGUGUGUAAAAUAAAUGUUUAUGUGUGUUUAUGUGGAUAUCAAUGUAUAUAAGAUGUUUUAGAGUUUUAAAACUGGAAAUAUUCUGUUAACAUUGUAGAGUUUGUAUGAAAGUUUGGUUAAAAUUAUAAAGAACAAAAUCAUAUUGAA